ACUAAUUACCAUAUGUAGCAAAAAGUAAACAAAACGAAAUAAUUAAAUGGAUGCAAAACCGAAACGCUCUUUUAAACGGCCAUUCGCAUUCCCCAAGAAUUGCGUUUACCGCCCGCUACGGCAAAUAAGCAAUAUGGAGCGGAACAAAAAGCUGCCGGCCGAUCGGCCCACCUACUUCACGCUGAAUGCACCGCCCUCGCUGGUGCCCGCCAAGAAAUACUCAGAUAUUAGCGGCCUGCCUGCUCCGUAUGCGGAUCCCCAUACCAAGCUGCGGUUCGCCAAUGCCGAUGAAUACGCCUCCAUGCAGAAUAUGCCCUCGGAUAUCAUUAAUGGGUACCUAACCGUUCGUGGCUAUACGAGUGCCGUGGGAUAGUCCCAGUCUAUAAUAUUAUAUAUAGUCCCCACAAUAUACCCGAUAUUCUGCUCCGCCCCUGGAGGCGACUUUCGCGAUUCCCAUCAACAAUUGCUAAUUACGGAGCUUGCUGACCUUAGUUUUCCUAGCAUUGCGUGCAAGGUUGCGGUUCUGAGGCUGCUUCCUGCCUAGAACUGUUCGCUGAAGGUCAAAGAGUGCUCGAAAUUACAUUGUAAGCCCAGUAAUAGAGUUGCAAAUGAAAGGAAGUUAAGUGCCGCCUUCAAUAUCACCCGAUCAAGGCUAGAAGUUGCAAUGAAACUACUAUUUUUGUAGUACGUUUUAAUCAGCAUUAAUUUAAUUUAUGAACGACUAAUGAACAAAUAAGUUAACAUUAAAGGUAUAUAAUUAAAGGGACUAACUAUGCAGCUCCUGCUAAGAAUACAAAAUCACAAAUCUGUUAAA